AAUCCCCUCACCAGAUGUUCACCGCUGACGUUUACUCACCAUUUGAUAGUUUCUGAGCAUUACUUAUAUUAUAUACUAUAUAGGAAGCGUUUUCGCUCGAUACUCGUAAAUAUUGAUUGUAAGGGCACGAUGGCGGAGUGGAAUGAUUGUGGGGUACGUGUGCCGUGGGGUUGAAUAAGCUAUUUGCACAAGCGCAGUCUAUCGGCCACCGUGAAUUUGUGCGUUCUAUUCACUUUCACACAAUGUUUGUUGUUGGAUUUGUUACACAACUCUAGUCAAACCGAAGUUUAAUUUUAUUACAUUUUCACAACUUUGAAGUUGGUAAUUCAUUUCUUAACUAAACAUUUAAUAAAUUAAUUCAGUAAUGAACAGUAAUAAUGAUUUACACAUUACGUUUACAGAGCCAAAAAUUAUUACACCUAUCGAUCCAUCGAUUACACCACCGACUGCAACAACAACUACAAUGACUGGGCCAGCGAUAACACCAAACGAGCAAAAUAUAACGUCAGCCCAGCCAUCACGUACACUGAUCUGCAAACCAAAGACUACAUCGAACAAACAAAUAAUUAUAUCGACUAAGCCAGAGAUUACACCGAUUGAACCAAUAAUUACACUGAUUGGGCCGACUACAACGGCUAGAUCAAGAAUUACUCCGGCUGAAUUACGAAUUACAUCGACUAGACCAAGAAUAAUAUUGACUGAGCCAAUAACAACAUCAACCGAGGAAUCGUUAGUUAUAAAGGAUCAUAUUAUUCGGCCUAAUCAACCACUGUUUUAUGUAAAAAAUCCGAAAGGGUGGUUUAAUCAAUUUGAAUCAAAAAUAUUGGCUGCUGACUUGGUCGAAGACUUAUCAGUGUAUUACGACCUCUUAAAAGAAUUGAACAGUCAUGAUAUUUUGUGUUGCAUUUUGGACGUAUUUCAAAACAUGAGUAUGGUUAAUAAAUAUAUGUAUUUUAGAAGCCAUUUGCUAAAAAAAAUAUCUGAACAAGAAAGACAUAUGGAACUCUUAAGCGAUUUAAAAUUGGAAGAUAAAUGUCCGUCUUUUCUUUUAAAUGAAAUGAAACAAUUAACGGAUGAUAAGUUAUUAGAACAGAACUUACAACGUUUGUGGUUACAAAAGUUACCACCGCAGAUACGAGAUAUACUAUUAUUAUCUUCCGAUUCUUUGAGUUCCCUAUCAUUGUUGGCGGACAACAUUAAGGAUCUACAGUAUUUACCGGAAGUUCAAUUAUCAAAGGAAGCUGCUUACCAGUAUGUCAUUAACUUACUUUCAGGAAAUAUUCACUCAAAAAUAUUAACUAACAUUGAGCUUAUUGAAUUUAUUCAAAGAUAUAAAAAUGAACAUGGAUCGCUUAACUCGGAUGAUCAUCAAACAGAAAAUGCACAAGCUAUCAACAACACAAAUUCAAUCCAAAAAGAUAAAAAAAAGUCUUGUUUGAAUAGUUUUUGCAAAUGCGUCUAGUUGUUCAGUAUUGUUAUGGCUAAUUUUCCAUACACUCAACUACUAUAUACAAUCUAUCAUUUUGAAUCACAGAAAUAUUUCUUCAGAGAUGAAGUUAAACAUUUAAUUAAUUUUAAUGUGCUGGAGAUACAAUUUAUAAACAAUUUAGAAUUUUAGACUAUAUUAAGUUAUAUUUGCCUAUUAUUCAUUCUGACAAAAUAAGUAAUUCAGAUUAAUUUGGCUAUGCAAAAUGUAUUCUAUUUAUUUUUUAUUUAAAUUUUGUAUUCUGUAACUUCUUAAAAUAAAUACUAAAUAAGUCCUUAUCUAUUUAAAUUUGAUUAAAAAUAUUAAAAUACAACUGUAAAAUAUAGCAAUAGACUGAUCAGUGAUCAAAUUACAAUAAUGCCUAACUCUUACAAAAACAGAUUGAUUGUAAAUUACAUUCCCUUUAAUACUUACUAAAUGAGUUAUGUUAAAUGUUAACAGCAUACAUUUAAAAUGUAUAAAUUAUAAAUA